CUUAGCAACCCAAGUACAACAUGUAUUCUAUGUCCCUGAUCCUAUUGAUCGUGAUUGGCAUGUUGUUAUCAGGUCAAAGCCAAGGGAUUUGUUCGAAAUGGGCAUGAAUGAUUCGUUUGUUGAUAAUGAUACAUACCUUCAGAGCUUGCCUUGCAUUAAUCAUACAUUGGAAGCGACUAUGCUUGCCAAUGAUGAUAAUGUGAGUUGGGAUAGGACGGAUGUGGAGGGAAACGAAGUUAACACUCCACAAAACUUAUCUAAUUUGAUUAAAGAGGACCACGAUUCUAGGUCGGAAUCUGAUGACUAGGAAAUGAAGAUGUCGACCUCCGACCAUCAUCAUUCGAGCUUUAUUGACCCGGUCCCGACCACCAACCAGGUUGGACAGAGUUCAGAUAGUUCAGCAUUGACUCUGGAGGGUGGUAUUCAUAAUAGACGAUUUCGAGGCCCUACAGUCAUCAGCGAGGUGGCGAACUUACCACCCAAUAAGCAACUGAAUAUCAGUUGGAAUAAGUAUGGGCAGCCCAUUGGACAUAAGUACAAUGAAUUUACAAGGUGGCUGGGCAUUUUAUCUAGAAAUGGGCGCUUAGCACCUCUUGAUCACGAUAGUUGGCAUCAUGUGCCACUAUCUCACAAGAAUGAGAUUUGGAAUGAAGUGAAGAUCAAGUGGAAUAUCGACGAGGAGCGUCGAAAUUAGGUAAUGAAGUCCAUCGGAGCUUCAUGGAAGGAGUGGAAGAAGAGGUUAAAAAAAGAACACUACAAGCGAUAUUUGACUAAUGAGGAACGACUAGCUCACUGUCCUGAUCGAGUGGAGUCGACACACUGGAAGUGGCUCGUCACCUAUU